AUGCACGCUCUUUCGGAGAAUAUCCGAAUCUCCGUAUUGUAUGAGUACAAACUCGGAAGAACAGCCUUCCGUGCAUGUCGCAAUCUCAACAAGGCGUACGGUCAAGGCGCGAUCUCGAUUAUCUCGGUGAAACGAUGGUUUGCACGAUUUCGACAGGGUGACGAGGAUGUUGAUAUGAAUGUAAUGAUAAAAUCAUCGAUAACAGACGUGGGUCGUCUGACGACGUCGUUAAGAAGAAAUCCAGCGAUUACGACGAGGGAAUUAGCGCGAGAAUUCGGAGUCGACAGGACUACCAUUACCAGAUAUUCGAAGCGACUGAGAAAUGACGGAGAGUUGCCUGUGUCGGGCGUCGAGUGUAUCCAUGAGGUUGCGUCAGAUGAAAGUUCAUCGAGGUCUGAUUCUGGGGAUUUCCAAGAAGUGCGUCAAGCAUCAUGA